AUGUCCACCCCUCAGCCCGGCCCAUCCUCCCCGCCCAUCAGCCGCCAGGAACCGCCCCCCCGGCGCUACCCCUCCUCGCCCUCCUCAACAGCCUCCUCAGAAUCAGACGAAGACACCCCCGGGCCAGACCCGCCCAGAAGAGGCGACGAUCGCAACCUCAGAAUCAACUCCCAUCUCCUCCACCAUCCAACCGCACCCGCUCUCGCCACCCCUUCGGCCAGGAUCGGCUCCCAUCCAUGGCCAUUCAACAGUCUCAGCCCACGCCUCACCAACGCACCCUCAAUCGACCCUCCCCCAGACUCACUGCCCCACGAAAUCCUCAUUCAAAUCCUACGCUCCGUAUCAUCCACCAGCGACCUCAGGCGGGCUCUAUUGGUUUGCAAGGCUUGGUGCCAGUGCGGCAUCGAACUUCUGUGGCACAAGCCCACCUUCCCAUCGACCUCAUGUCUCAUCAAGAUGCUCGUCUCACUCGCCUCAAAAAACCAGACAUUCCCCUAUAUCUCCUUCAUCCGAAGGCUCAACUUCUCCGGUAUUGCCGACCAUAUGACUGACCAUAUCUUACUCAGGCUCGUCAACUGUACCCGACUCGAACGUCUGACCCUCUCUGGCUGCAACUCGAUCACCGACGACUCCAUCAUCAAGAUCCUCAAAAACUCUCAGGAUUUGGUCGCCCUCGACCUCUCCGACUGUAAACUAAUCACCGACGAAUGCAUCCAUGCCGUCGGCCAAUACUCUAAAUUCUUGCAAGGUCUCAAUCUAUCUGGCUGUAAAACUAUGACCGACGCCGGUCUCCAAUCGCUCAGGCACUGCAAAGCUCUCAGAAGGCUCAAGUUGAAGUACUGCGAAAAAAUCACAGAUGCCGCACUCCUAGCCGUCGCCGUCGCCUGUCCCCUCCUGCUAGAAGUCGAUCUAGUAGGCUGUAAGCUGGUGACGAACGCCAGUCUAUGGAUGCUCUGGAAGCACUCCUCACAUCUGCGUGAACUGAGUCUCUCGGGCUGCACCGAGAUAUCUGACGGAGGCUUUCCCAACGCAUCGAACUGCAACAUCGGUGCCGACGGCAUCAGCCAUCCAAUCCUCGAGGAAUUCGAAGAGGAUCCGGACAACAGGCCCGAUCCGGGGACGGCGAAUGGUGUGAGCAGCAACGGUUACCAUGCUUACCCCUCCUACAACGGAGCCAACGGGAUGGUGGCCCACCAGCUCGACAGCUCGGCCUAUGAUUUCAUCUCCUCUCUCACCGGCCAUCGUCGUCUGGAGGAGUCCGUGAUGCAUUUCGACCAUAUCCGAUUCCUCGACCUCACCUCACUGGCCAAGCUCACCGAUGCUAGCCUCGAUGGGAUCAUCAAACACAUGCCUCGCAUCCGGAACCUCGUCCUGGCCAAGUGCGGCGGACUGACCGAUGAAGCCCUGAACUCGAUCUGCGGAUUGGGAAAAUACCUCCACUAUCUUCAUCUUGGCCAUGUUGUUAGUUUGACAGACCGUGCGGUGAUUCGAGUUGCCCGGAGUUGUACUCGCCUGCGUUACAUCGAUCUUGCAUGCUGUAACAACCUGACGGACAUGAGUGUUUUUGAGCUAGCGCAAUGUCUGCCCAGGUUGAAGCGAAUCGGCCUGGUUCGGGUCACCAAUAUCACCGACCAAUCAGUGUAUACUCUGGUCGAAAGAACAUCCCUCGAGCGAAUCCAUCUCUCCUAUUGUGAUAACAUCACCGUCGGCGCUAUCCAUUGGCUGUUACAAAGACUGCAACGGUUGACUCAUCUCAGUUUAACUGGCGUCCCAGCGUUCAGGAGAACCGAUCUACAAGCCUGGUGUCGGGCUCCGCCCAAGGACUUUAAUGCUCACCAACGGCAGGCAUUCUGCGUCUAUUCCGGAAAGGGUGUCAACGAACUCAGAUACUAUCUUGCCGCUCUAUACGUUUCAAUCACCAGCACAAACAACCGCAACCGAGUAGGCCAGGCUUCAUCAAACAACAGCUCAAUUGAUGAAGAAACUCCGAACAACAUGACCCUUUCGGCUGCUCCGAUCGGCCCCAAUCUAUCAGUCUUCAACAGUAUGCCAGACCCAAGAACAAUGGCAGCAGCCAUGGCCGCUGCCCGACAGCAGACCAACCCACAACUCUAUGGCCUAGGCAAUCGUCGAAGAGAGUUGAGGCUGCCUGAACGAGGCGGAAGGGUGGCCUUGUCUGACUUCUUACAUCAAGGGCCUAGCACGAGCGUCAAUUCAGCGGUGAUCAGCGGGAACGGCCAGCUUUUAUCGCUCCCGGAUCUACCCAGACACCCCGCCUCACGGAUGUUUUUCCAAAUCAACAACGACAACAUGGGUGCCAAUGCAGUCUCCGGGGUCAACGACCGAUCGAUGACUCAUUUCGACGAAGCGCCGACGAUGAUGCAGGUCGACGAACCUGAAGAAUCUGACAACCAGUCGAUGGCAGGCUCGAGUUCGGCGCCGCAUGGGCGGUACAGCCAGCCACAUGGGCCUGAGCACUUUGAGCUGGAGGUAGGCAACGAGUCGGAUGUGCUGCGGUCGCCGAUCCCCUUGUACGGUAUCCCGGGCGCCCGCAGGCCACCCUUCGGACUCCGGGAGCGGUCGCUAGCGGAGCACAACCAGCUGAACGGCGCGGGCAGCUCGACGGCCACGAGCCGGGUCUCUCGGGCGGCGAAUGCGGGCCCGGAGCGGGCCGGUGGCCUGGUCACACCGGACGGGGGUUUACAGCAAUACGGACCGACGCGAGGAGGGACGGGACACGAGAGCCUCCGGAUCCCUGCCCACUCGAUCACCCGACGCAGGAGCGAUGUGGACAUGGCCAGCGGCGCCGGCUCGGCCUCCGCCCGUCGCCUCCUCGGCCACCGCGACACCUCGCCCCCCGGCUCCGCCGUCGACCCCGACGACUUCGCCGGCUCCUCCGCUAACCCUGCCCGCAGCGCUAUCGGCUUGGGCCCCCGGACUAGGAGCAACGGCGUCAACCUUGACGUGCCCGACCGCACCGACUCCGUCAGCCCUAUCGAAAUCUCCGACGACGAGCGCCCCCCUCCUUGA